AUGUCCGCUCCGGCCACCGAGUGGAUAAGCGAUAGGUCUCGCGGUAACUCUCCAGAACUUCUCAACUCCACAGAAGGUCAAGAUGGCUCGUCUCAGCGACGCACCAGCAAAAAGCGCAAAGUGUUGUCGUGCUACGCAUGUCGCAACCGCAAGAUGAAGUGUGACCGUGUGUUUCCAGUGUGUGGUCGAUGCCAAAAGACUGGCAGAGGCCACGAGUGUACAUACGAUCCUCGGCUGCUGGAAGAGUCCCACUCUGACGCGGGCGCUGCGUCGAUUGCCCUCGCCGAGCGGCCAGCUGAUAGCAACCCUUCUUCAGACUCACCAGAUGCAUUGCAAUGGAAGCUCAGAACCCAAGAGAGACGGAUUGCGAUGUUGGAGCAUAAGCUUGCCACAAGGGACGACACCAGAAACCCCUCGCGAUUCGAGGCCGUUGUCCCUGAUGAGCCCGAGAUCAAAGAAGAAAUCAUGUUUAGAGGCAAAGGUUUCAAAUCUCACUUCAACGGCGCAACGAGCAUUAUGAGCAUGAUAUCCAUGAAUUACGAGCUGCAGGCAUUUACACGGGAAGCCUUGACUGUUGACCACUCUAUCAUGCGCGUCAAAACUGACUUUAAAAACUUCCGCGACCAGAGGAAAAAGUCCGCAAAUGCCAAGAUCGCCAGAUAUUCCGACAUCGACUUGGAAGUCUUCGCUGUCCUCCCUGCGAAGAGUACGGUCGAUGCACAAGUCGCUCUCUAUUUCCAGACCUGGGAAACGAGCUACAGGAUUCUACACGAGCCAUCUUUCUGGAAAGAGUACCGCAUAUUCUGGGAAUCAGAUCAAGACAAAAAGAGCUCAGUCAGCUUUGCCGUCUUACUUCUCCUGCUUGUUGCAAUCUCAAAGUGUCUCGCCCCAAAAGAUGACGUCUUCAUUGGCGACACGACUGCAGACCGGCAGGCAGCCCUUGAACUCAUCGAUAUAUGUGAUGCCUGGAUCGGUGAGCAGCCCCGCAAGCGGGUCACUUUGUCUUUCUUCCAAUUACAUUGCUUGUCGCUGCUUGCUAAGCGUGUCAAUUGUGUCCGACUGAAGCAAGACUGGAUAGCGUCGGGAGACUUACUUCGACUCUCCAUUACAUCCGGUAUGCAUCGUGAUCCGUGUCUAGUCGGGCAUGGGAAAAUCUCACCUUUUGAUGAGCAAAUGAAGAAGCGACUGUGGGUCACUGUCAUGGAAUUGGAGCUCCAAUCUUCCAUCGAGAGCGGGUUUCAAUCUGGACUUACCGGACUGUACUUCGACACUCCUGCGCCUGCGAAUCUUGCUGAUGAAGCUUUCUCACCAGACACACAACACGUGCCGUUGGGUCAGCCCACUGAAUACUUCACGUCAGCAUCAUACCUUGCAAUGACUCUAAAAUCACUUCCACUUCGUAUUCAUCUCACGCAGCUGCUGAAUACACCUUCUAGUGUCCUCCGUUACACCGACGUACUGCACUACGAUGCGCAGAUCCGUUCUGCAUUGGCAAUCCUCCCCGUUUGGAAUGACGAUAGCGCACUUGUGCCUUCUACACUUCUUCGUUUGCAACUGCGUCAGUAUCUUUUGUUGCUACAUAAGCCGUACGCAAAACUGGCUAACACAAACGAUCGCUAUCUGAAUUCUUUCACGACGUGCGUGGAUACCUGCAGCUCGUUAUUGGCAAUGCACGAUUGCCUGAUAUCCAGAGGUAUCCUCGCACUUCACAACUUCCGGAACGAUGUGAUCAGAGUUGGUCUGGCACUCUCUCAAAUCGUAUACCACAAUUGUGCUCGUCGGAAGGUCAAAUCGUUCACGUCCUAUACAGCAGAGACUGAGACUCAGGAUGUAGACCAUCAUACACAUUUUGCGGAUCUUACUCUUCCAAAUCGUUCAGUUGGCCCGGACUCACGAAUGGAUUUGGACCUCGCGAUACUGCCACAAGAUCCCUUUCUUACAAGAACACUGUGCACAUCUUCAAUCGAUAUCUUGGAACGUACGAGGCAGAUCUUCGAAGUCAAAGUCUUUCGACUUGGUACCGGAUAUAUGGAGUGCUGGCUUAUGUCUGCUGCAGUAGGCAUGCUACCCCCUCCUCCUUCGCCUGCCACUUCCAUAGCAUACAUCAACAACGCAAGCGAUGACAUACUCUCGAGAUGCCGAAAAACUCUAGACUCAUUCACCACGUUGGCUUUUAGGGUGCUAGCUCUACAGCAAGACCCCACUAAUAGUUUAGCCUCCUCUCUUCGCUCUACUAUGGGUACCACAAGAGAAACGGGAUCUACGAUUGGAAAUGCCGAAAGUGCGGCUCCCACUUCGAUGGACAGGCUGGACAUGAACCUUAAUCUUGCCGAUGGUGCUAAAGACAUCAACGGGACCUUUGAUGUGCUGCAGGAUAUGCAGGUCGAUAUGAGUGGCUGGUCAUUCCCUGAUUUCUGGGCGUUCGAUCUCGGUGGUGACUUCUAA